GACAAGUGUUACCAGUACUGGCCAGACCAAGGCUGUUGGACCUAUGGUAAUGUCCGGGUGGCUGUGGAAGACUUUACUGUGUUGGUGGACUACACCAUACGGAAGUUCUGCAUACAAUAUCAGGCCAGUGACGGCAACAAGCCCUCCAGGCUGGUCACCCAGCUACACUUCACCAGCUGGCCUGAUUUCGGGGUGCCCUUUUCCCCCAUCGGCAUGCUCAAGUUCUUCAAGAAAGUCAAGACGGUCAACUCCUCCUUCGCUGGUCCCAUCGUGGUUCACUGCAGUGCUGGUGUGGGAAGGACAGGGACCUUCAUUGUGAUUGACGGCGUGAUUGACAUGAUGCACCAAGAGCAGAAGAUUGACGUCUUUGGUUUUGUGUCCAAGAUACGAGACCAGCGCUCACAGCUUGUACAGACAGACAUUCAGUACUCGUUCAUCUACCAGGCCCUGUUGGAGUACUACCUCUACGGAGACACAGAGCUGGACGUAUCCUCUCUGGAAGGACACCUGCACAAACUCCACAACACCCACGCCCCCUUCGACAGGGUCGGCCUGGAGGAAGAGUUCAGAAAACUGACCAACAUGCGGAUAAUGAAGGAGAACAUGAGGAUGGGGAAUCUCCCUGCCAACAUGAAGAAGAACAGAGUUCUCCAGAUCAUUCCGUAUGACUUCAACAGAGUGAUUAUGUCCAUGAGAAGAGGCCAAGAGUUUACUGACUACAUCAAUGCGUCUUUUAUAGAUGGCUACAGGCAGAAGGACUACUUCAUAGCGACCCAGGGUCCUUUGUCUCACACGGUAGAGGACUACUGGAGGAUGGCCUGGGAGUGGAAGUGUCACUCCAUCGUCAUGCUGACUGAACUACAGGAGAGGGAGCAGGACAAGUGUUUCCAGUACUGGCCCACAGAGGACUCAGUGACCUACGGAGACUACACUGUAGAGAUGAAGGGAGACACUGUGUGUGAUACCUUCAGUGUACGGGAUCUGGUACUCACCUACGGCCCAGAUAAGCAGACACGUCUGGUCCGCCACUUCCACUUUCACGGCUGGCCAGAGAUCGGGAUCCCAGCCGAAGGGAAAGGAAUGAUCGACAUCAUCGCCUCGGUGCAGAGACAGCAACAGCAGUCAGGAAACCAUCCCAUCAUCGUACACUGCAGUGCUGGUGCAGGGCGAACAGGUACGUUCAUUGCACUGAGCAAUAUCCUGGAGCGGGUCAAGGCCGAGGGCCUACUGGACGUCUUCCAGACUGUGAAGAGUUUACGGAUGCAGAGGCCACAUAUGGUCCAGACUGUGGUGAGUUUACGGAUGCAGAGGCCACAUAUGGUCCAGACUGUGGUGAGUUUACGGAUGCAGAGGCCACAUAUGGUCCAGACUGUGGUGAGUUUACGGAUGCAGAGGCCACAUAUGGUCCAGACUGUGGUGAGUUUACGGAUGCAGAGGCCACAUAUGGUCCAGACUGUGGUGAGUUUACGGAUGCAGAGGCCACAUAUGGUCCAGACCGUGGUGAGUUUACGGAUGCAGAGGCCACAUAUGGUCCAGACUGUGGUGAGUUUACGGAUGCAGAGGCCACAUAUGGUCCAGACUGUGGUGAGUUUACGGAUGCAGAGGCCACAUAUGGUCCAGACUGUGGUGAGUUUAUGGAUGCAGAGGCCACAUAUGGUCCAGACUGUGGUGAGUUUACGGAUGCAGAGGCCACAUAUGGUCCAGACUGUGGUGAGUUUACGAAUGCAGAGGCCACAUAUGGUCCAGACUGUGGUGAGUUUACGGAUGCAGAGGCCACAUAUGGUCCAGACUGUGGUGAGUUUACGAAUGCAGAGGCCACAUAUGGUCCAGACUGUGGUGAGUUUACGGAUGCAGAGGCCACAUAUGGUCCAGACUGUGGUGAGUUUACGGAUGCAGAGGCCACAUAUGGUCCAGACUGUGGUGAGUUUACGGAUGCAGAGGCCACAUAUGGUCCAGACCGUGGUGAGUUUACGGAUGCAGAGGCCACAUAUGGUCCAGACUGUGGUGAGUUUACGGAUGCAGAGGCCACAUAUGGUCCAGACCGUGGUGAGUUUACGGAUGCAGAGGCCACAUAUGGUCCAGACCGUGGUGAGUUUACGGAUGCAGAGGCCACAUAUGGUCCAGACCGUGGUGAGUUUACGGAUGCAGAGGCCACAUAUGGUCCAGACUGUGGUGAGUUUACGGAUGCAGAGGCCACAUAUGGUCCAGACUGUGGUGAGUUUACGGAUGCAGAGGCCACAUAUGGUCCAGACUGUGGUGAGUUUACGGAUGCAGAGGCCACAUAUGGUCCAGACCGUGGUGAGUUUACGGAUGCAGAGGCCACAUAUGGUCCAGACCGUGGUGAGUUUACGGAUGCAGAGGCCACAUAUGGUCCAGACUGUGGUGAGUUUACGGAUGCAGAGGCCACAUAUGGUCCAGACUGUGGAACAAUACGACUUCUGCUACCGGGUGGUACAAGACUUUGUGGACAUUUUCUCAGACUAUGCCAAUUUUAAAUGAUGAAAUAUUUGCCUUACAAAACAUAUGUUUAGUUCAAAUGUUGUUUUUGAAAUAGCAGUUGGUCAGGCUUUGUGUUAUGUCCAUAGAAGGAUUAAAUGGUUUUCUAUUUUGCUAUGCACUUGUCCUUACUGUAACUAAAACUCCAUCCCUCGCUGUAAUAUAUACUGUAUGUCAAUGGACGGACAUUUGUAAAUGCCAAAAUGUAAGAUCAAUAAUGUAUAUUUCACAUCAUGUAUAAUAAUUAAUUUCGUAAUGAAAUUCAAGUGUUUUUUGUUUUUUUAACCUUGAGUCUCUUUAUUGACAUAUUUUAGUUGUUGUAUGAUACUGUACUUUUGUUAAAAAUCUGGUUUAUUCAGACUAAGUGUUUAUUUUGACCAAUACUUGUCAUAGUUCCUUUGAACGUGGCGCUGGUGUACAUGUUUUAUGUAUCGUUGCAGACCUUCCAUUUAUUGCAUUCUAAGAACCUUAUGUGAAUACUAUUAAGAUUAUUCUGACAUGUAUCUGAUGCCUUCUAUCUGUGACUAGAGGUGAUAUCUCCUCUAUCUUUUAUUUAAUUGGAAAUAACCCUUUUAAAAAAUAUAUAUAUUAAGGUCUUUACAAUGCAAGUAUGUUGAGGGACAAUAUCAAGAACUCAAAAAAAUAUGCAAAGUAUUGAAUAUCAAGUUACGCCAUUAUCAUUAUUAUUGACAAGGAUAAUAGUUUAAAACAACAUAUGAAGGAAUUGUAAGAAUUAGUUUCCAUUAACCUGAUGGACGUAGUAGCCUACUUCAGUCCAGAAAAUCAAUAUACAACUGCACAUAUAUAAUAACAAGGUAUCAGUAGUAGUACUAAUCAGUAGUACUAAUCAGUAGUACUACUCAGCAGUACUAAUCAGUAGUACUAAUCAGCAGUACUAAUCGGUAGUACUAAUCAAAUCAGUGGUACUAAUCAGUAGUGCUAAUCAGUAGUACUAAUCAAAUCAGUGGUACUAAUCAGUAGUACUAAUCAAAUCAGUAGUGCUAAUCAGUAGUACUAGUCCGUAGUGCUAAUCAGUAGUACUAAUCAGUAGUACUAAUCAAAUCAGUAGUACUAAUCAGCAGUACUAAUCAAAUCAGUAGUACUAAUCGGUAGUACCGUACUAAUCUGUAGUACUAAUCAAAUCAGUAGUACUAAUCAGCAGUACUAAUCAAAUCAGUAGUACUAAUCGGUAGUACCGUACUAAUCUGUAGUACUAAUCAAAUCAGUAGUACUAAUCUGUAGUACUAAUCAAAUCAGUAGUACUAAUCGGUAGUACUGUACUAAUCUGUAUUACUAAUCAAAUCAGUAGUACUAAUCUGUAGUACUAAUCAGUAGUACAAAUACAACCAUACUGCAGUUUUUUAUAGCUAAAUCCACUGCACAUAUUCUGAAGCACAUGUACAUUACCAAGCAUACCACCAAGGAAUAUCACAGAUACAUUAAUGUCAAAUAUGCUACAUCUGAAAAGUUACAGUCAUCAUUUGUAUAUUCAUGUGUAUUUGCUUUAAUAGCAGUGGGAUCCAUGUUUAAACGUAUGCAGUCCUGAACUGCCCGUAUCUUCUAGAAGUGACGUGUUUUAUUUGACCUAAUAGGAAGGUGUCUGCUGAUGCAGUGGCCAAAAUGACUAGAGGAAUACAAACACAAGUCGUUCUGAUACGACGCAACAGUCAGUGUGACCUGUAACAUUAAAAGAUUUUAACGGAAGUGCAUCGAAAUGAACUCGACACAAUAUAAAUAAAUUAAAAAUUAAAAAAGCACAAAAGAUGGACAUAUUUAAUUUAAAAUAACGAUCCUCAAUCUGUUAAUAAUAUAUCCAUGCAAAAUGCCAUACCCUUUGUAUUUAGACCUCAGUGCCGUUUAUAGUAUACUGGCUACCACAAACACACAUAUCCUCAUUAUGGCAUUACACCAUUUGCAUUGUUGUGAAAGACUAGGUCAGGGGUGCCCCGACCAAAACAUUACCUCAUAAACUCCAGCGGUGCUUCAAAGCCAGGUUUAUAAGGGCGCCCUUGUAUAGGAAUCGGAGAUAAGUCCAGCCGAAUGACAAGGGCCCAGAAUCCCUCUACACACCCCUCUAUGUCUGUAUGACAUGUUGAUACAACGCGAGGAGGAACUAACCAUAUCAGAUACACAAUGAACAAGGAGGUUUAAUAGUUGGGAAUAUGGAAUUGUUUGGAUGCUUUGUCAGAUGUGAGUUGUUGUUCUGGAGGAAUGACUUAACUUAACCUCAUCUCUGUCUCCGUCUCUCUCUCUCUCUCUCUGUGUCUCUGUCUCUCUCUGUCUCUCUCUGUGUCUCGCUCUCUCUCUCCGUGUCUCUCUCUCUCUCUGUCUCUCUCUGUGUCUCGCUCUCUCUCUCUGUGUCUCUCUCUAUCUCUCUGUCUCUCUCUCUCUCUUUAUCUCUCUGUCUCUUUCUCUCUGUCUCUUUCUGUCUCUCUCUUUAUCUCUCUGUCUCUGUCUCUCUCUGUCUCCCUCUCUCUCUGUCUCUCUCUGUCUCUCUCUGUCUCUCUCUCUCUCUGUCUCUCUCUCUCUCUCUCUCUCUCUCUCUCUCUGUCUCUCUCUCUCUAUGUCUCUCUGUGUCUUUCUCUCUGUCUCUCUCUCUCUCUCUCUCUGUCUCUCUCUCUCUUUAUCUCUCUGUCUCUCUCUCUGCCUCUCUCUCUGUCUCUCUCUCUCUGUCUCUCUCUGUCUGUCUCUGUCUGUCUGUCUCCGUCUCUCUGUCUCUGUCUGUCUCUGUCUCUCUCUGUCUCCCCCCUCUCUCUCUCCCCCCCUCUCUCUCCUCUCUCUCUCUCCCCUCUCUCUCUCUCGUUGUUUGAUGAAGAUGAAGGAGGGUGUUUUCAGGUCACACCUCUUAAUCUUUAGUCUUCUGCUUUUCAUUGUCGCCCUCUCUUGGAUUCUCAAUGUCUUUUAAAUGCCAGGUUGCAAUAUUAAAUCCAUUGAAAAACCUG